GUUGUGCUCAAAUGUAACCACAAAUAAUUUGCCGAACAGUAGCAGAGCACUAAAUCACAACAACGUUUAUAAAAUACUAAAUAACAGUUUGUUGUUAUUUGAUAUUGAUUUGUGUAGAAUUUGAUAUGGAGUACACAGAACCAGGAGAACGUCUUGCUGACAAAACGGCGUGCUCUGGCGUUCGAGCAGAUUUAAAAUUGUGUCUACUUCGCAGUGAUUGCUGUACAUUGCUAAGAAAAACUCCAAGAGAAUGCCUCAAUACUUUCGAUGGUACAGUGCCAAUGGAAUGUCAAGUGCUUAGGAACACAUUUUUUGAAUGCAAACGCUCUUUGUUGGACAACAGGACCAGAUUCAGAGGACACAAAGGAUACUAGUUAAUCAAAUACCCUUAGAUGCUCUAAAAGACUUAGUCACAUGUACAAAUAAUACAAUUCUUUGAAUUUCUCGUGCUUUUUGUAAUUUAAUUCGUCUCUUUGUUGUUUUCUUUAAUUUUUUUGUUUGUAUAAUAGUAAACAUUAAAAUUUAAACGUUAAAUUAUUCAUAAA